ACCAGCAUCACGGGCUGACGAAGUGUCGGUGCCCUCUGAUGUGCGUAACUGUAGCUGCUCUGAGGGCGCGGCGAAAUAUAAAGGUUCGUCAAGACGUCACCGUUCCCUCAGGCUCAGGGCACAAGGCUCGCUGUGCCGCUCAGUCUCAGACUCACUCAGUUCCCUCUCACCCGUGAACAAGGGUGAUCGUAGCCGGUUUGUUGUCAGUGAAGAGCGAACAAUUGGCCCCAUAAACUCGUUUCUACUUGAGUUAAACCCAGAAGCAAGAGUGAAGUUUUUCUGAAUCGUAGUGACCAUUUACUGUCACGAUGAAGGUGUUGCUUUUCUCCAUGUAUUUGGUGGUCGUGGGGGCUCAUACCGGCCCUCUAGAGAGUCACAGAGAUAUAGUAACUACAAACGUGGCUCCUGAAAUCAGUCACUCCCUUCAGAUACUGAAAACGGAACUCGCCAUUCAUAAAGAGAACAUUGAAGGUAAAUUAGCAAGUUUGCAGGAAACGUGUCAAACACUUGCCGAAGAACAAGAACAAACUGUCGUCGAUGUAAGCGCAGAUCAAGAAAAAAUUGAAGAGAAGAUGGGUGAAUUUGAAGACAAAAUGUUGCGCUUCUCCAACGCAGCCACCGAGAAGAUCCGCAAGGAAAUUUCCGAAGCUUUGGAAGAAACUUUGAAAAAGCUGGACGCGAAGUUGCAACCGCUUCACAGUGAGAUCGCUAACUUAAAGAGUCAAAUAUCUGAUAAGGUCACAAAGGAAGAUUUAGGUCGCUUGGAGAACAAUGUAACUGACAUCGCUCUUAAUGUGACUCUGCUUAUGAAGCAUGAAAUGUCUCAAUUACUCACCAAAGAAGAGAUGCAGGAACAUCACAAUGAACUCAAGACCAAGUUAGAGGAGACCUUCUCUAUUUAUGAAAAUCAAUCGAGGUGUGAUGAUGACACGUCGAAAUUGGAGGAAAUUUCCGGCAAACUAACCAAAUCAGACCUCGUUUUAGAAGAGGUGCACGAGUACUUGAGGAACGACAGUCGGAACGCCCAAUGCUCCUCAGCCAUGAACGACAUCGCUGAGCUGAUAGGAAAGUUAGGCGAUAAUAUGAGUGACAACUGUAACUCGGUAACUGCUCUUGAUAGCUUUGUGCAAAGCAUGCAAAAGUCAUUCAUAGAUAAGCUGGAAGAAAUGCAAAACAUUGCCGAGACGUAUCAUGAAAAAGCCACCCCCGAGGAAGAGACACAGGUCCCUCAGGUCCCUGUUCGCCCACCCCCUGGAAAGUUCGACCCAGCUGACUGCAUCGACAGUACAUUCACUGGAUCCACUGGAAGAUCGCUGGAAGUGUGCCAGGCAGCCGUCCGAUUCCAGAAGUGCCACCUGGAAUUCGUUGCCUUCCACUGCUGUGGCUCUUGCCUGGAGGCUGGUCUCCUGGAGUCGUUCCCUCAUUACACCGGGCCGCGGUCUGUACCUGUGCUACAGGCUCUUAGGUCGCUCAGACCUUAUGAUUAGAUACGAUGCUGUUGUAACUUGCAACACGAAUUCCUUUGCAAUGACCUACCGUGCGAUAAUUUGGGCUUGAGAACUACGAAUUCCAUUUCUAGGAAAGUCUGUUUUGAAGACAUUAAAUUGUUAGUCUGGUUGCAGGUAAAAAUGAAUGAAUAUAAUUUGAAAGGGAAGUAUUUACUAGUUGCAUACUCAUGCAUAAUUUGAAAAUUAUGUUUGUUAGAAAUAAAUUUUAGGGCAAAAGGUUACACAGCUGUUCCUCUUCCAGGGAAUUAUGUUUUUAAGAAAUAUUAAAAUGUUAGCUGGCUAUUCUUUUGUGUCAUUUCUCGGAAUUAUUUUGAAUAAAUGUAUUUCAAACCCAAACGCUUGUUGUGUAUACUUUUUUAUCUUGAUCAAAAAUGAAAUGGUCCACGGCAGACUGCUUAUUGGGGUUGGCGGUCCAUGGCGUGAAACCAGUUGGGAACCACUGGAUUAGAGGCUCAGAAAAGAGACAGAACGUUUUUGACUCGUGCACACGCUGUCUAUCGCUUUGUUUUUCGAUUCAAUGUUUUGAUUUGUGCAUUGGUUUGCAGCUACUUAACUGUAAAGGUUUAGAACUUCUGAGCAGAGAUUUAAGUUCUUGCGUUUAUUAGAUUGAGCCUUACCUUACAGUCGUUUUAAUUCAAUUUGCCCAAUAAAAAGAAACCUAUCUUAUGAA